UGGUGGCGACUGGGGCUCGGCGCUGCGAAGCCAGAUGUGGUCCGGAGGCGGUGGGAAGGCGCGGGGCUGGGAGGCCGCGGCGGGAGGGAGGACCAGCCCCGGCAGGCUCAGCCGCCGCCGAAUCAUGUCGAUGAGUCCAAAGCACACGACUCCGUUCUCAGUGUCUGACAUCUUGAGUCCCCUGGAGGAAAGCUACAAGAAAGUGGGCAUGGAGGGCGGCGGCCUCGGGGCUCCGCUGGCGGCUUACAGGCAGGGCCAGGCGGCACCGCCGGCCGCCGCCAUGCAGCAGCACGCCGUGGGGCACCACGGUGCCGUCACCGCCGCCUACCACAUGACGGCUGCGGGGGUGCCCCAGCUCUCGCACUCCGCCGUGGGGGGCUACUGCAACGGCAACCUGGGCAACAUGAGCGAGCUGCCGCCGUACCAGGACACCAUGCGGAACAGCACCUCGGGCCCCGGAUGGUACGGCGCCAACCCGGACCCGCGCUUCCCCGCCAUCUCCCGCUUCAUGGGCCCGGCGAGCGGCAUGAACAUGAGCGGCAUGGGCGGCCUGGGCUCUCUGGGGGACGUGAGCAAGAACAUGGCCCCACUCCCAAGCGCACCGCGCCGGAAGCGCCGGGUGCUCUUCUCCCAGGCGCAGGUGUACGAGCUGGAGCGACGCUUCAAACAACAGAAGUACCUGUCCGCGCCCGAGCGCGAGCACCUGGCCAGCAUGAUCCACCUGACGCCCACGCAGGUCAAGAUCUGGUUCCAGAACCACCGCUACAAGAUGAAGCGCCAAGCCAAGGACAAGGCGGCACAGCAGCAACUGCAGCAGGAUAGCGGCGGCGGGGGCGCCGGGUGCCAGCAGCAGCAAGCGCAGCAGCAGUCACCGCGCCGCGUGGCUGUGCCGGUCCUGGUGAAAGACGGCAAACCCUGCCAGGCGGGCGCCCCUGCGCCGGGCGCCGCCAGCCUGCAAGGCCACGCGCAGCAGCAGGCGCAGCAGCAGGCGCAGGCCGCUCAGGCGGCGGCAGCAGCUAUCUCAGUGGGCAGCGGCGGCCCCGGCCUCGGCGCGCACCCGGGCCACCAGCCGGGCAGCGCGGGCCAGUCUCCGGACCUGGCGCACCACGCCACCAGCCCCGCGGCGCUGCAGGGCCAGGUCUCCAGCCUGUCCCACCUGAACUCCUCGGGCUCGGACUACGGCACCAUGUCCUGCUCCACCUUGCUAUAUGGUCGGACCUGGUGA